UUCGCGGCUCAGAAACCGUCGAAGGCAGAGACGCGCCGGCCUCAGCGGAGCGCCCGAUGCCGCGGGGAUUCCGCCUCUUUCUCCGCGCACGACAUGGAUUUCAACGUGAGGAAACUCGCUACAGAUGCCGGGAUAUUCUUUUCGCGAGCCGUCCAGUUUACAGAAGAGAAACUGGGACAGGCUGAGAAGACCGAGCUGGACGCUCACUUUGAGAAUCUGCUGUCCAGAGCUGACUGCACCAAAAACUGGACCGAGAAGAUCUACAGACAGACCGAGGUUCUUCUCCAGCCGAACCCCGGUGCUCGCAUCGAGGACUUCCUGUAUGAAAAGCUUGACCGGAAGGUCCCGCCGCGGCCCACUAACGGAGAGAUCUUGAGUCAGUUCAUGCUGGAGGCAGCCAAGGAGUUCGGCUCGGGAACCCCGUACGGAAGCACCCUGAUCAAAGUGGGCGACUGUCAGAGGAGGCUGGGCGGCGCUGAGAGAGAGUUCCUGCAGUCCUCGUCCAUCAGCUUCCUCACACCCCUGCGCAACUUUCUGGAGGGCGACUGGAGGACCAUUUCUAGAGAGCGGAGGCUGCUGGAGAAUCGACGCUUGGAUCUCGACGCCUGUAAGGCACGACUCAAGAAGGCCAGAGCGGCGGAGGCUAAAGCGGCGUGUGAGGGAGAAGCUGCGCCUGACUUUCAGGAGACUAGGCCACGCAAUUAUGUUCUGUCGGCCAGUGCAUCUGCGCUGUGGAGUGAGGAAGUGGAUAAAGCAGAACACGAGUUGCGUGUGGCUCAGACAGAGUUCGACCGACAGGCAGAGGUCACACGCCUCCUGCUGGAAGGAAUCAGCAGCACUCACGUGAACCACUUGCGCUGUCUGCAUGAGUUUGUGGAGGCCCAGGCUGCUUACUACGCACAGUGUCACAAGCACAUGCAGGAUCUUCAGAAAGAGUUGAGCAGCGCAAACGGAGAUACGUUUCCUAAUGCUUUUGCAGUGAAUGCUUCCACGUCAGGAGUGACAGCAGGCCCUUCUCCCCUUUCCACUGACACCCUAACUGGGGCUUCUCCACCUAGUCGCCCCCCAAAUCCUUCCAAUGCCCUUGAGUCCAGCACGCUGAAGAUCGAGGAGGUGAAGCCUCCCGCCACCGGCACUCGCAAGGCCAAAGUGCUGUAUGACUAUGAUGCUGCAGAUACAAGUGAACUUUCCCUUCUCGCUGAUGAGGUAAGACACGAGGAAGUCUGUUUUCCCUCUUUAACAAUAAGCCACAAACUACUCGUAAAGUAGUCAGGCUACAAUCAA